AUGAAAAGUGAUUGGCGUUAUACAAAUCAGUAAAUUGUGUAAGGUGUGUUUUCAUAAGCUUGUGUUUGUAUCUCAUCACUUUGGAGGAUUGGACAUCUUUCCGUUCGACCUUCUUAGCCCACGCUGCUCAGAUAUCAUAAGGGUGGAUCAAAAACCAUGGAGGGUUCCGACACCGGGUUUGGGCCUACCCACCAGAACCCCACCUUUCUAGCCCAUCUUCGGGGAUUGAGGAAAAUCUCUGUCGUCCCAUCAGAGGUCCGGGUUCAAGCCAUGGAUACCAACAGCGGAUCCGGCUCGGAAGAGAGCGCCAAUGCCAGACUGAACAAUCGCUCGAUCCAUGUCCUGCCCGCCAAUGUCAACACCCACACGCUCCAUCUUCAGCCAAUGGGGUCGAUGGAGCCGAUCUCGCCUCUGCCCAAUAUCGAUUCGCUUCAUACUUUACCCACCGGAGCGCCCAUCUACGCCAAAUCCUUAUUGACCAAAUAUAAAAAGGCGCCGUUGGUUCUAAGCACUGCCAACGAUUCUCCCAUAAAGCUUUCGCGAGCUUCCAAACAAUAUCUGUAUGACGAGACCGGGCAGGAAUUUUUGGACUGCAUCAACGGAACCGCGCACGUUGGUCACUGUCAUCCACAGGUCGUGUCAGCCGGUCAAGUACAAAUGUCUCGCUUGACCACGGCUCAAGGAUUCCUCUCCGAAGUCCUGUCCAAGUACGUGAAGGAAUUGGUGGAUACACUCCCAGAGCGAUUGAGCGUGUGCUAUCUUUGCAACUCUGGCAGUGAGGCUAACGACCUCGCCAUUCGCUUGGCCAGACAAUACACGCAAAGUGAUGAUAUCAUCGCCAAUGAAGGCGCCUAUCACGGGAAUCUUGGGGUGUUGGUUGAUAUCUCGCCCAAGAUCAACAAGUCCAUUCCCCAAUAUCGCAACAAAGAAUGGUCACACACCGUUCCCGUUCCAAAAUUCUACAAUGGAAAACACGAUCUCGCUGAUGGAGAGACGACCGCCGAUCUGGUCAAGAAGCAUGUGCAAGAUUUUGAAGAUUGCUUGAAGACAAUCUGCGUUCAAAAAGGUCGGAGGAUAGCGGCCUUCAUCUUCGAGCCCAUGUUCGCAAUUCCCGGCGUACACAUUCCGCCCAAAGAGUACUUUCAGGAGGUCUUCCGAUUGGUCCGACAAUACGGAGGGAUCUGCAUCGCAGACGAAGUCCAAUCCGGUCUGGGCCGUACUGGUGAAAAUUUCUGGGGAUUCCAAAACUACGAUGUUUUCCCCGAUGUUGUAACCGUGGGCAAGCCCUUGGGCAAUGGACAUCCAAUGGCAGCCGUCAUUUGUACGAAAGAGGUUUCGGAUCGAUUGGGUGGUUACUUUUCGACCUUCGGGGGCAAUCCGGUUUCUUGCAGUGUGGGUCUAGCCGUUUUAGACGUGAUCUCCAACGAGAAACUCAUGUCCUCGGCCAAACGCGUCGGUCGUUUACACGGCAUGGCCUUGAAGGACAUCAUGCGCAAAUAUCCUAAUAUGGUGGGCGAUGUUAGAGGUAUGGGACUCAUGUGGGGGAUCGAAAUCGUUGCGGAACAAGCUUCGAAAGCGCCAUGCCCAGAAUUGGCACGGAACAUCAUGUUUGGACUCAAAGCUCGGAAGAUUCUCGUUGGUAUCACAGGCGAUCAUCGGAACAUUUUGUUGUUCACUCCGCCCAUGUGUUUUACGGUGGAUAACAGCAGAAGAUUCUGUCAAAGCUUGGAUGAUGUCCUCAAUGAGUGUUUGACCUCGUUCAAUAUUCAAUCCCUAUCCUUGCAACUCCAAUCGGAUGGAAGAAAUUUCCUUUUGGACGAUGUUCUGGACCCCCAAGGCUCCAAAGGCCAGAGUCGAAAGCGAUUGGCGAGCAAUGAUCCAGAGGAAGACUCAGUCAAGAGCGAGAACGAGGAUCUAAUCGAGGAUCUGGACGACAAAAUCGACUCGAAGCGAGCGAAAAUGGAACUCGAGGAGUAUGAAGAUCUCGACUGAGGAGGAUGGACGGGUGGUUCCAAGGGGCGUUUGAAGUCCCUUUGUCAAGGCUUAAUGUGAACACAGUGAAUGAAUAUAUAUGUAUUGUUCUCUAUGCUCUUUACACUAUGCUUGAUCUGGUAACGUUGUGCUCUCUGUAUUGUUUUGAACAUGUAUUUUUUAUGACCCAAAUAUACAUGGCAUGUGA